GUGCAGACACUGCUGUUGUACAAUACGUUCGAGACUGAGCUUGUACGCAUCCUCGUUGCUGGCCACCACCAUGCCGCUGGCUCUCCCGACCGAUCUCCGACGAUGAAGCGGAAUCGCAUCCAAUUCGAAGGCAAUGGGGAACACUCGUCCUCUUCCCCCAUCGGCAGCGGCGGUGGAGGAGGACCCUCACGCUCCCCCGACGAUGAAGGGCUCGGCUCGCUGCGACACAUCCCCAAGAUCUCGCGCAAGAUCCGCGCUUGUACCGAGUGCAAGCGCCAUAAGGUGCGCUGUGAUAUGAAGCCGGGGAAUCAGAUUUGCCAGCGAUGUCAGCGCAUGGGCUUACAAUGUGUGGUCAACAAAAGUCUACAGACGUUGUUGGAUGACGAAGCCGAGUGGAAGACAAUGAUGGAAUUGGCGAUGGCGGAUUUGUUAAGAAAGGCCCAGCUGCCUGAACUUUCCUACUAUCAAGGCGGCGGUCCCUCACCCCGGACCAGACUGAGUGAGCGAGAUCGAAAGCUAUCUACAACAUCCGUGGAAGCGACACCACGCAACGAAGACCAUAUUGAGACACUGCAGAAUACCGCUGGUGGACAUGCUCGUCGCCUGAGUUCUGUAUAUCGGACGCAUAGGGAGCAGUCGCACUAUUCUCCUGAAAGAGAGGAACCUGGAACGGUGACUAUAGUGACGGCUCCGAUGGGGAGUCUGUUUGAGGUUACACAAUUGAGCCAUUCGCGAGAUAACUCGCCUACGCGCCAAUAUGCGCCUGAUCGAUUGGUCGCUGCGGAUUUUAUAUCGCGAGGAGUUGUGGAUCUCACCGAGGCAGAAGAGUUAUUCAACUACUUCGAUAGGCGGCUGAAUCAUUAUCUAUGGGAUGGAUUGGUUAUGCCUCAUAAACGUCUUUUGUCUGCUAGACAAUCGUCCACACUGCUGACAUCUGCCGUGCUGGCGGUUACCGCUCUUCAUAUACCCAGCAAGGAAAGAAUAUUUGAUACUUGCUAUGCCGAGUUUGCUAGACUUGCGUCGGAUUCGAUGCUGAAUCGACAUCAUAGCCUUGACGAUCUUCGAGCUCUGUGUAUUGGCGCAUUUUGGUUAUCGGAUGUCAGCUGGAAAUUAUCCGGUUACGCAGUGCGCAUAGCGACGGAACGAAACCUUCACCAGUGUUACCGCAAAGCUAUGCAGAGCUCCCCUGAGCACAGGGAACAGGCUCAGUUGUGGUAUAUUCUCUAUGUCCUAGAACAUCAUUUCUCGAUAGCGUAUGGCCGGCCACCUAUCAUUCAUGAAGAUGUAUGCAUCGUGAAACACGAAACAUUCCUCAAUAUGCCUUCUGUCGAACAGCGCGAUAUACGUCUUCAUAGCCAAGUUGCCUUGUUCAUCACACUAACUCGUAUCUACCAUGCCUUCGGCCCGGAUGUGGACCUGGAGGUACUUGAACAUGAGCUGCCGAAGAUUGAAACGUUUGAUAAAGAUAUAGAAAAUUGGCAGAAGAUAUGGGCGUCUCGGCUUGUGGGAAAUGCCUUUGUCGGCGAUUAUCCGUUCAAAGCAGUGGCUCUACAUUACCAUUUCUCUCGCCUUACGUUGAACUCACUGGCUCUGAGGACGUAUCAUUCGGCGAACUCUUUCCGACCUCUUUCAGCCGAGCGUAAGAAAUAUGCUGAGAUCGCCAUCGACAGUGCUAUGUCGACUUUGCAGACGGUGCUUGACGAGCCUGAUAUCCAAAGGAGUCUUGUGGGAGUGCCGCUGUUCUUACAUAGCAUGAUCACCUUUGCCGCUGUAUUUCUGCUCAAAAUCGCGGUCAAAGUGCAUCCCUCCUGCGUAAACGCUUCCGUUAGCCAGCGAAACUCUCUCGCGGCAGCAGCUCUACGCAUCAAUGUGUCGAGCGUACUACGGACAAUCGAAAAGAUUGUCGAUCUGAUGAUAUCAAUUAGCGAGAAAGCCAGCGAACGCCACCUCAGCCACCACAUCGCACGCGGCCUGGGGAAGAUGAUGGAGGGAUUUCGGGAAUGGGAAGAAAAACAUACAAGCCAUUCAACCAGGCCCACACCACGCCUUCAGCAGCCUAGCUGGCUGCAUGACACACCUUCACUUUACAAUACAGUCUCUCUGAGCAACGCCCAAACUAUCGGGGAACGCGCUACAAUACUGAGCCACCCGCCAGCCAUGUUAGGCGUGGCCCCCCUCUCCUCUGAACGUAGUAAUCCUCAUGGAAAUCCACCUAACAACGGAUUCCCCGUGGCAACAAAUGCGACAAUGGACAAAUCCCAGCUUGGACUUUCGGCGGGAUCACUAGAUCCAAUGAUGACGGAUUUGUGGGGUUUUGAUGAAGAGUAUUUUCCGACGGGAGUCUUUGAUUUCUUGCAGUCGCAAAUGCCGGCGUGACUGCAUGUUUUAGCUUAUAGAUUUCUAUCGGCUGAGUUAUGUCUGAUGAAGAUGAAUGAAAGAUUUAUCGAUUACCGCUC